AUGGCUCCUAGUAGCUGCACUCUUUUCUCUCUCAUUUUACUUGUAGCAAAUUUUUAUCAUCCAGUCCUCUCAUGGCAACCCCAAGUAGUUGAAAAACCAAGAGUGAGAUUUUGCUUCAAGUUUACAGUUCACGUCAUCAAUGGCCUGAGUACCAAUCAACACCCACUGUUCCUCCAUUGCCAAUCGAGGGAUGAUGACCUCGGGGGCCAUACUCUAUACAAAGGAGGAGAUUUCAAGUUCAGGUUCGGAGUGAAAUUCAUUGGUCCUAAGACAUGGUUCACUUGUGAUAUGACAUGGGGAUCAAAGCAUCAACAUGUUGAUGUUUUCAGACAGAAAAUAGAGGGAUCUAUGUGUUGUAAUGAUGGAGGAAACAUUUGCUACUGGAGAGCUCAAGAUGAUGGGAUCUAUUUUAGUGUGGACAAUGAGAUGUGGCUUCUACGAUAUGACUGGCUGCAGUAG